UGGUGCCAGAUCCAUUGGCUAAUGCCAAUGGCAAGCGCAACGCAGAGGACCAUCACGUUGAAGUCGACAACCGGGAUUCUGCCCCAAAGAAGCCAAGAGUUCGCAAUCGUGAGGGAAAUUCUCAGCGCUGGGAAGAUAAGGAGAAUUCAAAGGAGCCCAUAGUGAUUGUUGACGAUCUUCCUGACCAUGGUCAGCAGGUGGCUGAGCAUGAGAAUCAAUCUAAGAUGUUUCGUGCUCGUGUUGCUGGCAAUGUUGGCGCUCAAGCUGGCGGUCAGUGCCUUGGAUCGCGCAUUGUAUCGCGUCGUGAGUCGCGUUGUGGAGGUGGCUAUGGCGGUGCUGGCGGAGGCUACGGCGCUGAUGCUGACGGCGGUCGUUAUUCAUAUGGAGGCGAUGGUGGUGGCGGUGUCGGCGGAUCCAACAACCACAAGAAUUCUCAGCAGCGUUCUGAUGAGUUUUUGAUAGCGCAGCGUCUGCGCAACUUGAGUGGCCCAACCUUGGAUCUGGCUCCAGUCGAUGAUGGCGAGGAGAUUAAGUUCUCGGGUCGCAAUCGUCUAUAUGUUGGCAAUUUGGGUGGAGAAUUGCAUAGCGAGAAGGGCUUGCGUGACUUGUUCGAGCCCUACGGCAAACUGGGCGAUAUCUACUUUGUUCCCCAAAAGAAGUAUGCCUUCGUCAAGGUCGACUAUCAUGCCAACGCCGAGAAGGCUAAGCGUGCCUUGGAUGGCUCCACGGUUGCGGGUCGAGUGCUGCGUGUCCGCUUCGCCGCCAGUAAUACUGCGCUGCGUGUCAGCAAUCUGACUCCCUUCGUCUCCAAUGAGCUGCUCUACAAGGCAUUCGAGGUGUUUGGGCCAGUGGAGCGGGCAACCAUUACGGUCGAUGAUCGCGGCAAUCAUAUGGGCGAGGGCAUUGUGGAGUUUGUCAAGAAGUCAUCGGCGAGCGUCUGCAUGCGCAUGUGCCAGGAGAAGUGCUUCUUCCUGACUGCUGCACUGCGUCCGUGCAUCGUAGAGCCCAUGGAGAUCGUUGAUGAGAAGGAUGGAUUUCCCGAGAAGCACAUGAGCAAGACUAGCCAGUUUAACAAGGAGCGCGGCUUCGGCCCACGUUUCGCUGAUCCAAACUCAUUCGAUCAUGAAUACGGCUCACGAUGGAAGCAGCUGCACCAAAUGUACAAACUGAAGAGCGCAGCUCUUAAGCGCGAAAUGAAGCUGGAGGAGGAAAAGCUAGAGGAACAAAUUGAGCUAAUUCGCUAUGAGACCGAGACUGAGCUCUUGCGUCGAGAGCUUGAGAAACGUGAAGCUGACAAGGAACGCUUGAAAAUGGAGUGGGAAAUGCGUCAGAAGCAAUUGAUGGAGAAGGAAAUGUUCGAGGAGGAGCGCCGUCAGAGCUUCCAGUUGCGUCAGCGGGCCCCGCUGAGAUGUCUGCAGGAGAGGCCCGUUUAUAGACCCGAUCAGCCGAAGGGCUUUAUUGGUGGCUGUGACUAUGCUAACAGAGACAUGGGAAUGGAAAGCACACCGUUUGUGGUGUUUGGAGAUACACCAAAUAAUAGUGAUAUCGGAGAAGCUGGACUUAAUCAGGUAUUUAAAGUGAUUUAUAGAUAA